UUAACCUCCUACCUAUAUAAACACUAGAACUCCCAUUUCAUCACUAAACCAAACUCAAUAAUCAAAAUUCUCUCAUCUUUCUUUCCUUAUUUAAAGAAAAGAUGACAAUGGCAUUAACGAAUGCUUUUGUUUUGCUUUUCUCUUGUGUUCUUGCAAUUUCCUUUUGUGUUUGGGGUAAACCAGCUACUUUUCUUGAUGAUUUUCAGAUUACUUGGUCUGAUUCCCAUAUUAGGCAAAUUGAUGGAGGGAAGGCCAUCCAACUUGUUCUAGACCAAAAUUCAGGCUGUGGAUUUGCUUCCAAAAGGAAGUAUUUGUUCGGACGUGUCAGCAUGAAGAUCAAGCUUAUACCUGGUGACUCCGCCGGAACAGUCACCGCUUUUUAUAUGAACUCUGAUACAGAUACGGUAAGAGAUGAGCUAGACUUCGAGUUCUUGGGAAAUCGUAGCGGCCAGCCUUAUACUGUCCAAACCAAUAUCUAUGCUCAUGGAAAAGGAGAUAGGGAACAAAGGGUUAACCUUUGGUUUGAUCCUUCUGCAGAUUUCCAUACUUACACUAUUAUGUGGAAUCAUCAUCAUAUUGUCUUCUAUGUUGAUGAUGUGCCAAUCCGAGUUUACAAGAACAAUGAAGCUAGAAAUAUACCAUUCCCUAAGUUUCAGCCAAUGGGAGUCUAUUCAACACUGUGGGAAGCUGAUGAUUGGGCGACAAGGGGAGGCCUGGAGAAAAUUGAUUGGAGCAAAGCUCCUUUCUUAGCUUCCUACAAGGACUUCGACAUCGAAGGAUGCCCAGUGCCAGGCCCAGCAAGCUGUGCCUCAAACACAGGGAACUGGUGGGAGGGAACUACUUAUCAAGCCCUUAAUGUCAUGGAAGCUAGAAGGUAUAGGUGGGUUCGUAUAAACCACAUGAUCUACGAUUACUGCACCGACAAAUCCAGAUACCCAGUUAGCCCACCGGAGUGCAUCGCUGGCAUCUGAAGUCCUAUUCGAAGUUCUACAUCCAUUUCAAAUGUUAUACUUUACGUACAUACCGACCUCCCCUUUGUAUAAUAAUAGCUCUACAGUCUAUCCUUUGUAUGCAUAUAAUUGUGAAGCGAGAAGUGGGAUUCCGAGAUUGGCCCCAGUUAAUAUCUAUUUUAUGCCCAAUAAAAAAAAAUUAUUAAUUGAAUAUUUUUCAGGCAUACAAGAA